UUUCGUUUUGUUUUUCAUUUUUGCUUUUGUUGUUUUUGUUUUUGUUUUGUUUUGUUUUGCUUUUUGUUUUGGGGACAAGCUAUAAACCGUGGCAAGAUCGUCGUUGCGUUCAGUUGGUAAAAGUGAAGCGUUGCGUGCGGUUGUCUCUCUCCACACUCUAAUAAAACAAUUACAAGUACAUCAGACAUAUUUCAGUUUCGUUCAACUGGCAAGCGCCGCUGAUUCGUUUGUGUUGCUAGCAUCGUAAAUAUAUAUAGUGUAUAUAUAUACACGCUCACAAGCUUUACUUCUCCCGUCGAUUAACAGCCGAGCCAAGCCUACUGCGAAAUGUUUGUGCUGCGCACGUUGCUGCUGGUGGCAGUGAGCGCCACUGUGGCGCUGGCUCAGCGUCGUCUGGCGCUGCCCGAUCCGCGCAGUUGCGCCAAUCGUGUGCGACAUGCCACCUACCGCGAUGCCCGAGGCGUCUCGCACUCAUACUUCUUCAGCUGGGAGCAUGCGCCGACGCGCAGCCUGGAGGUGGACUGGUUGGAUGCGCGCAACAUUUGCCGGCGGCACUGCAUGGACGCCGUUUCACUCGAGACGCCCCAGGAGAAUGACUUUGUGAAGCAGCGCAUUGCGCGCGGCAAUGUACGCUACAUCUGGACCUCGGGCAGAAAGUGCAACUUCGCUGGGUGCGACAGGCCCGACCUGCAGCCGCCCAAUGAGAACGGCUGGUUCUGGUCAGGCUCGGGCGCCAAGAUUGGCCCCACCUCGCAGCGCAACACCGGCGACUGGUCGUCAACGGGUGGCUACAACCAGCCACAGCCGGACAAUCGUGAGGCGGCCCAGGGCAACGAUGAGAGCUGCCUGUCCAUUCUGAACAACUUCUACAACGAUGGCAUCAAGUGGCACGAUGUCGCCUGCCAUCACAUCAAGCCCUUCGUCUGCGAGGACUCCGACGAGCUGCUCAACUUUGUGCGCUCCCGCAAUCCCAAUGUGCGUUUAUAAUUCUAAAAUGUAAAACUUAAAUUAAGCCUACAAGGAAACAAAACAAAAAGAGAAAACAUAUUUAUGUAGCAUUAAACGGAGCAUUGAUUGAUUGAUUGAUACAAUACUCUUCCAGCGCUUUUGGCCAAUUCCGUUCUCAUUUUUUUUUUUGAAUAACAUUUCCGUGUUGAUUCGCGCAUGAAAAACAAAAUUGUUAAAUAAUUUUAAAAACAAAUUGUUAAUAAAUAUACCAAUUGAAGCUGAUAA